UUGAGCACUGUACAAUACCAAUAACGAUAUAUAAGAACUUGGAAUUAUUACAAGUGGAAAGAUGGAGAAGCCGACCCUUGAAUCUCCUCUCAUCCAAAGCUCUGUCAUUGAGAUCUUUGUCUCCAUUAAUGGAGAGGGCAUGGUUUUUGAGACCAAGAAGCAGCUGUGGCUGGCGCCUCUUAUUGCAUCCAGCCUCCUUCAGUACAGCCUGCAGUUUAUCUCAGUCAUGUUUGUGGGUCAUCUUGGUGAGCUUGCUCUUUCUGGUGCCUCCAUGGCCACAUCCUUUGCCGGGGUGACCGGCUUCAGCUUGAUGUUGGGCAUGGGAAGUGCAUUGGAGACAUUAUGUGGACAAUCAUUUGGAGCAAAACAACACUAUAUGCUUGGCAUACAUAUGCAAAGGGCAAUGCUUGUUCUUAUGACUGUGGCUGUCCCUGUAUGUAUAAUUUGGGCCUAUACCGGUCAAAUACUUACAGCCUUUGGCCAAGAUCCAGAGAUCUCUGCAGAAGCAGGAUUAUAUGCUCGAUGGAUGAUUCCAUCAGUUUUUGCUUAUGGUCUCCUUCAAUGUCUCAUAAGAUUUUUGCAGACCCAAAACAUUGUCUUUCCAACGAUGCUAAGUUCUGGUCUCACUACUUUGCUUCAUAUUUUAGUAUGCUGGCUUCUAGUGUUCAAAUCUGGCCUAGGGAACAAAGGUGCCGCUUUGGCAAAUGCUAUCUCAUACUGGGUCAACGUGUUGCUAUUGGUACUUUAUGUCAAGUUUUCUCCUUCUUGUGAAAGAACUUGGACUGGUUUUUCAGUAGAGGCUUUCCAUGAUGUUCUCAGCUUCAUAAAGCUAGCUAUUCCAUCGGCCGCUAUGGUGUGCUUGGAAUUUUGGUCAUUUGAGUUCCUUGUGCUUCUCUCCGGUCUUCUUCCUCAUCCACAGCUAGAGACAUCUGUAUUAUCCAUCACCCUUAACACUGCUGCAAUGCUAUUCAUGAUCCCCUAUGGUCUUGGUGGUGCAGUAAGUACACGAGUUUCAAAUGAACUUGGUGCUGGUCGACCUCAGGCAGCCCGCUUAGCAGUAAAAGUUGUAGUUUUAUUGGCCAUUGCUGAAGCCUUAAUAGUUGGGUUGACCGUAGUCUUGAUCCGUAACAUUUGCGGAUAUGCAUAUAGCAACGAAGAGGAAGUGGUGAAGUACGUGGCAACUAUGAUGCCGAUACUUGCAUUAUCUAACAUUAUGGAUGGAGUUCAAUGUGUACUUUCAGGCACUGCUAGAGGAUGUGGUUGGCAGAAAAUCGGUGCGUUUGUUAACCUUGGAGCUUAUUACAUUGUGGGCAUUCCUUGUGCAAUUCUUCUGGCUUUUUUCUUCCAUGUCGGAGGAAAGGGCCUUUUGGUAGGAAUUAUAUUCGGCUUGAUUGUGCAAGUCUUGUUGCUUUUAACCAUUACAUUAUACACUGACUGGGAGAAAGAAGCAAUAAAGGCCAGGAACAGAGUUCACGGUUCUACCAUUCCUGAAGACAUGGCAUCAUGAGUUAUACAUGAUAUAUCACCAUGCAAUGAGGGCUCAAGACCGAGUUUUUACGACGCUGGCAUGAUUUUUGAAGCAACAGAUUGAUGCACGCCUAACCGGUCCAAUUGUACCAUUCAAUUUUGCUUAGUUUUGUAUCCUUUUUUGAGUUGAAAGAAACCCAUUUUGUAUGAUUCUGUAUUAAGUAAAAUAAAUAAAUAUAUCUACAGCUAGAUUUACAGCAAA